AUGCAAUUUCGUGCCACUCGAUUGGACCCUUCGUGGCAGGCUAAAAGAAUAGCUGCCCAAGAACGACAGGCCAAGAAUGAUGCACCCCAUCUAUUGUCAAGAGGGGGAUAUGAAAGAAAAAAAAAGGAAAUGAAGAAGGCUAGGGCAGAGGCAGCAGGGGUUGAGUCUGCUGACCGUGUGGAGUCACCUCCCCGCCAUGAGAUGUGGAUAGCAGCCCGGACAAAAUCAGAUGGGCAAAUAACUUCUGAGUUUGCAAGGGUCGUUGCUGAUAAAAUAGAGGGUUUAGUUGAACAGAGCACCCAGGGCUCAUUUGUUUCCCAUGGUCGGGAUGAUAUCCUCACAACGGCCAUAGGAAGGCCAGAGCACGCAGGCCGUGUGCGUGGUGUUGGUGGUUCUUGGAGCCACUAG